GUUGCUUUAUAUAUGGCUGCUGCAUUGAAAGUAAGCUGAGACGAUGUUGCCAGUUCGAUUGAACUCCUCUAAAGGACUGGGUGUUGUCUGCCCACUGCUGGGAAUAUCAUCUCAGAAUUACAAAGUAUGUAAAGAGUGCUUAAUUAAGCGUUAUAUCUAUAUAACAUCCUGUUAUCCACGAAAGUUAAAGAAUGGACUUCCUAGAAUUGUUAGCAGUCCCAUACGAUGGCAAACAGAUGGUCCCUCCAGAAAUGGUGCAAAUAACACUGAAUCCAAAACAGAGUACAAAAUGGAGCAACCGUUGGUCGGAGCAAGCACGUCAACUACAGAUGGAAAUGAUAGUGAUGGAAAACUACUAGUUUCUUUUGAUUACAAAGAAGGUUUACCCUUACAUCAUCAACUCAAAAAGUGCAUGGAAGAUGGAACGCUAAGAAUAACCAAUGCCAAAGGAGAGCCCUUAAAUUUAAACGAUGAGAGGUUUACAUGGCCCGUCUUUCCUAAAAGGAAAGAUACAAUGCUGUUUGAAGAGAAUGAAAAAUUGAUAGAAGAAGAACAUGCUCUUAGAAAAUACUUUCUUCUACCAAGACAUUUGAAAAAUCUUAGAUCAAUAAAGAAAAGGAAUGCAUACUAUAAUACAGACAAGAAAUAUGUCAAGAUGUACGCUGUGUCAGAUAUACGUGAAAAGACAGUGGAAGUGUUUGGAAGCAUGGAUAAGAUGUUAAAGCAGCGUAAGCGGCGCAGUGUUUAUAGUUAUGAAAGGGAGGAUGUUUCUGAGGAAAAGACACAGUCUAAUAUUAACCUAACGUUCCAGACAUUAAAGUCAGCAUCUGGUAAAGUGGUGUUAUCAGCCAUUGCUGCUAAUCUGACGAGUGCUGCAUUUAAAUGCCAUGCUUGGUAUCGUACAGGAUCAUUUAGUAUGUUCGCUGAAAUGAUUCACUCCUUAAUAGACGCUAUCAAUCAGGUCUUCAUGUUAUUUGGAUUAUACAGUUCUAAUAAGGCUCCUGAUGUAGACCAUCCAUAUGGAUAUAAAUCUGCCAAAUAUGUGUUUUCAUUCACUGCGGGGAUUGCCAUCUUCUUUUUUGGAGGAGCAAUCAACGGCCUCUUGGGAGUGAGGGGCUUAGUGUGUCAGUCGGAGAUGUACGACUACUCUGUAUAUGCUUUGAGUAUUCUGAUUGGGACUACGUGUGUGGAAGCAGGUUCAUUAAUCAUCGCAUUUAACGAAGCCUCAAAAAAGAUUCCAGGAGAUAACAAAAUCAAAGGAUUACGAAAUUUCAUUCAGGAGGGUGUGGACCCAAGCAUUACAGUGGUGUUGUUGGAGGAUUUUGCAGCAGUACUUGGUAACUUUGUCGCCUUAGGCUGUUACUAUAUAGGAAGUGUCUAUCCCUCCCUUUCCUGGAUCGAUGCUCUAGGUUCUGUGAUGAUUGGAGGGAUACUUUGUAUAGUGGGAGGCGUCAUUGUUACAACCAACUUUCAGGCUAUUGUAGAAAAGUCAGCUCCACCCAACGUAAAAGAGGCCAUUCUAAACACAAUGGAGAGUGAUCCUAUCGUCAGGUCAGUUCAUGAUAUGAAGGUUGUAAAUGAUCGAGUGAAAGCCGAGAUUGACUUCAAUGGCCGAGAAAUCACCAAAGAAUAUUUAUUGGAGCAGAACAUGGCAUCAUUACUGCAGGAAAUGCAGUUUAUAUCCAAUGAAAAAGAAGCUGAAGAAUUCCUUCUACACCAUGGUGGUGAAGUUGUCAACCAGCUGGGUAAGGGAGUAGAUGGACUGGAGACCAGAAUCAAGGCAAGACAUCCCAAAGUUCGCCAUGUAGAUCUGGAGUCUUUAUGAAGUGUAUCUUUCUAACUAUGUACAUGCAUGGAGACAAUCUUUUAUCAUUGAAGGUGAUGUUACCUUCCAUAUCUGUACAGAGACUAUCAGCCAGUGUCGUAGGUAGCCUCCAUCAUCUGUACAGAUUGUCAGCCUAGACAGAGACCAUCAGCCAGUGUUGUAGGUAACCUCCCACACCUGUACAGAGACUGUCAGUCUGUGACACGAGACCUCCCACACCUGUACAGAGACUGUCAGUCUGUGACACAAGACCUCCCACACCUGUACAGAGACUGUCAGUCUGUUACACGAGACCUCCUACACCUGUACAGAGACUGUCACUCUGUGACAGGAGACCUCCCACACCUGUACAGAGACUGUCACUCAGUGAUAGGAGACCUCCCACACCUGUACAGAGACUGUCACUUAGUGAUAGGAGACCUCCCACACCUGUACAGAGCUUGUCAUUCUGUGACACGAGACCUCCAACACCUGCACAGAGACUGUCAGUCUGUGACACGAGACCUCCAACACCUGUACAGAGACUGUCACUCAGUGAAAGGAGACCUCCCACACCUGUACAGAGACUGUCAGUCUGUGACACGAGACCUCCCACACCUGUACAGAGACUGUCAGUCUGUGACAGGAGACCUCUCACACCUGUACGGAGACUGUCAUUCUGUGACACGAGACCUCCAACACCUGCACAGAGACUGUCAGUCUGUGACACAAGACCUCCAACACCUGUACAGAGACUGUCACUCAGUGAUAGGAGACCUCCCACACCUGUACAGAGACUGUCAGUCUGUGACACGAGACCUCCCACACCUGUACAGAGACUGUCAGUCUGUGACAGGAGACCUCCCACACCUGUACAGAGACUGUCACUCUGUGACACGAGACCUCCCACGCCUGUACAGAGACUGUCACUCUGUGACGCGUGACCUCCUACACUUGUACAGAGACUGUCAGUCUGUGACACGAGAUCUUCCACACCUGUACAGAGACUGUCAGUCUGUGACACGAGACCUCCCACAUCUGUACAGAGACUGUCAGUCUGUGACACGAGACCUCCCACAUCUGUAGAGACGGUCAGUCUGUGAAAUAAGACCUCCCACACCUGUUCAGAGAGUGUCAGUCUGUGACAGAAACCUCCCACCCCUGAUCAGUGAUGCAGGAGAUUUUCCACACCUCUAUAGUCUGUCUACAAGGUAGAUUACAUACUGUAUAGGUGUAAUGGAAAUUCGACAUGUAGACAUUUAUGUGCCAUUUGUAUUGAUUAGGACAUUUGUUGUGGAUUUGUAAAGUUUCAGGACAAUUAUGACUGAUAUUUUAUUAUUUACAUUACUACAUUGUAUGUAAAAUCAAAACUAUUUGGUAUUAUUAAUGGUCUAGUCCAGAAAUGGGUUCAGUCACAAGGCCCAAAAUGAUCCAAUGUUUUUACUUAUUUUGUUUCUGUAUUGUUUUGAUAUUACCAUAAAUGGAAAUAAUCUCACUGAGGAAAGUUUAAAUGAAAUAAAUUAAGCAUUUAACAAA